GUUUUGGAUCACUUUUCACAAAGAGAGGCAGCUUGAUUUAUAGAAGUUUCCACAAUGUGCAGGACCAAGGAAGGUUUAACCAUAAAUGUGUAAUAUAACUAUUUAUAACAAAGGUUGUUUCAAAGAUGGACAUGUAACAAGGGGGUCACACGAAACAACUCUUGACACAGCGCCAACGCUCCUUUAGACAAAUAAUUAUUAAUGCUAAACGGAAUCUAACAGACAACGGCUCAAAAUAAAAGAAAAAAGACUUAAAGUCUUAAACACCAACCAAAACCCCCAAAAGUUGAGAAACCCACCAACUUUUUAUCCAGCUAUGGACUUCAUAAUAAUAGAAGUCUUUUGCAUCACUUAUCAGUCUAUGCCUAAGAAGAAGGCACCUUGAUGUUUGUAUAGCCCAAGAAGAGAGACUAUAGAAAGAACUCCUGUAAUAGCCUAACAAGUUGGGAGCUUUAUAUCUGGAAUAUCCAAUAUUUAGAAAUACGAAAGACAACCGUACACUCUUAUCCGUACGAGACUAGCACUAAAUAUGUAAUAACUUUCUUGACCUCUUACGAUCUCCGAAUGGUAAAAUUCUAAAACUUGUUUUAGUAUACACUUCCACCGUACGUGAACUAAGAGGCAAGUACAUGUUUCAUUACUAAACUCAUGAAGACUUUCAAAUAACAAUGCAAACAGAACAUGAUUGCUAGCAUAUUCAGAACAUACUAUGCAGAGGAAAAAUGAAAUCAAGUGAACAUUUUGGGAUUCAAUGUUAAUCCUUUACAGCAGGUUCGAAUGUCGUCUCUAUAUGUAGCGAGUAAAUCGGCAUACACAUUAUCUUACAUGACCAACCAACUCUACUAGAAGCAUAAAAGUAUCUUAUUGUUACCUUAAAACAAUGUGCUUCAAGGUGCAAUACUACCAAAGAGUUAGUUUUAGUAAAUUUAUAAUUUGAAUCAAUUCUCAAGUUUACCAGACCAAAUUACAGUGGGAAAAACAUCAAAACUUACCAAAAUUAAGCUAGAUUGAAGCUCAUUCAUCAACCAACGUUUAGGUAAACAGAUAUUCCGGAGUACCAAAAAAAGCAACUCAAAUUCCAAUUGCCAGUAAAUUUCACCAGUAGCCCAUCUUAAUUCAACAUUCAACAACUCAAAUUGAUUCAAAAAAAAAAAAACCCUUUGCUCGACAAGCCAAAACAAACUGAUUUCCUGAAGGAAAACAGAGACUAAGAAGAGUAGAUACAUAAACCAGAUAGUUACUAAAUUAAUUUAGUGCCGACAACAGAAGCAAAACAAACCUGGUGGAGGAUAGAGAGAGAAGGGCGGAGAAGUGAUUGGAAAAAUUAUGGUUUUCAGACGAGCUUUUCCCUUUUUGUUUCUCUUCUUCUUACAUUCUAGUAUACAUUUUUCAACCCUAAUUAUUUUUUAUUUUUUUGACAUUUUUAAUAUUUCCUACAUAGGUUUUAUAUUAAAAAAAAAUUGAAAAUUAAAUAUUAUUUUUCUUUCUCUUUUUACUUUUUCCCCCACAAACCAUCGAAACUAUUCCACAAACCCAAUUUCCCUUGGUUCGCAAGAAAAAAGAAAGACGAAAAGUUUCAUCUCAAGCUGGUGGAGCAACAGCAAUCGUCAUGUGUUAGGGCCAUCAAUCAGCAGUCAAAAGAGGUAAAAUUACUGUACAAAUAAUUUACAAUCCAUGCCAAGAAGGGUUGCAAUUGGUUUGAGAAAUUUAGGAAACAAUAAACCAUAGCUAAGUUUUAUGUUACUAUUUUGUUGCAUUUUUUUCUUGGUUGCUAAGGAUUGUAUUUGGAAAUUUACAGAUGGAUUGUUUAAUUUCUGGAAAUGUGAAUUAGUUGCAAAGUAAAACAUAGAGAAGUAUUAGAAAAUCCCAGAUUUUUUUGUAGCAAUUUGGAGGAGCCUGAUUAUCAGGUUAUAUGGUUUUCAUUGUGCUUGUUUUCUUACCAAACUCUUCCUUGGGUAUCAAUUCUUGUUUUGGUUCUAUGGUUUGCCAAAUGGCUACACCAAUCUCGCGAAAUUGUGCUUCACAUAGGGUACUGUUGUAGUUGUAUUCCGAAAGUGCACAGAAAAACAGAUUUGCAGUGCUCUGUUGAAAGACCUUUUCGCUUAGCUGUUAUAAUUGUUUUCAAGGAUUUGUUUAAUGUAUUUCUUCCUUCAGGUUAAUUUAUUGUGCAGUUUUUACGGAUUUCUAAACAGAGUUGUAGAUUGUCCGAACACUUUAUUUGAACUUGACAUGUGCAUGACUGAAAAACAUGCAUGACUGGAAAACUGAAAAACCAGAUUCUGAGUUUCUGUUUGGGGAUUAGUUACUCCUAUCCUUUGAGUCCUUUGUUGUGGGUUUUUUUUUUCAUGAAUAUGUCCUAUAUUCAAUGGUGUUUAUUUUAGUGGUUCAUGAAAAGGAGUCCUAGUUUGUCCAAAUAUUAAGUUUGAAUUGACUAAUUGAAUUCAAAUUUUUUGGAAGAAUUCAGUUUUGAAGUGCUGUGUCGAAGAUCGGAUUUGUCGUAAUUUUUGAACUGGUUUUCCUGAAUCCUUUUAUUAAAACUCUUCCUUGUUUCUCCUAGUUUAAAAUGGUUUUUGUGGCUUGCAUUUGGAUCUUUAGUUUGAUAAAAAAACAUGCCUUGAACAUGGCAUAUUUACCACCUUUUUGCUGAAUUUCAGAAUGUAGGAAUUGGGAGGUUAACUUUGAAACUUUGAUUCGCUAGGAUAGAGGAACUUACUGGGCUGUUAAGUUCAUCCCAAUAUUUUCCCACCUUAGGUUAGCAAGAGAACCGAAUUAACCGGAGGAAUGGGUGUACACAUAUAACAAAUGGUGUUUUCUUCUGUUUUGGAUUAGAUUGAUACCCAAGUUCUAUUUGAAUUUAAUGCUUUUAUAUUGUACUUAAACCUUCUGCUGUGUAUAUUAGAAAUUUGAAGGGAAAAAAGAAAAAAACUUGUGAAUGCAGGGAUGUUACAGUUGAAACGAAACAAAAUCUGCAAGCGAGAUCCCUUAUUUUAUUUUCUUAAUAUCGAAGGCACAGAACAGAGGUAAAUCUUGGGGAUGGACGGACCGCCAGAGAACGAUUUCUGUUCAAUAUGUCACGCCAACUUUCAUCUUCCUUCCCAAGCUAAUUGUUCCCACUGGUAUUGCUGUAAGUCACAUUAUCCCUCUUGUUUUUAUUCUGUUUCAGGAGGUGGGUUCUGUUGAUUUUUCAAUUUUACGAAGUUACUGAAGGCAAGAUUAAAUUCUUUUAUGGAAUUUUCUUGACCUGUUAUGCUGAUCUGAUUUUGUGUGGGAUUUGCCAUCUGUUUUCCUAACUGAAUUAUUAUAGUAAGAAUACAGUCAUUAAUAGAGGCUCCAUCCUUGAUGGGAUAAAACAUCAAUUUGUGGUGGUAAACUUCAUUUCUCAUUGGGUUAAGUCCUAUUGGAUAAAAGUUUGGUUUCCCUUUCCAGGCCAUCUUGAAAAUGGAAAUGUUACUGCAAUAGCUGUUGUUUAAUUCUAGGUUUCUUGUAAUGGAAUUCAUUCUGUUGCACUUUGCUUUGAAUGUCUAUAAAACUUCAGCAUUAUAAAUGGGGCGUGUUGUUCAGAAGUUUGGUUAUAAAAUGCUGCAAACUUUGCCUAGAACUAGCAGAAAGUUUGAUAGAUUGGGACAUUUACACGUGUUUCCUUACUAUUGGUCGUCUGAAACUGAUGUAUUCUUAUCCAGCAAACUGCAUUUUACAAGUUUGGAAUCAUGGACCAGCCCUUCAGCCAUGCAAAUGUCCAUUAUGUCGCCGUCCUAUUACUUUGUUGAUUCCUAGUGAGUCAACAUCCAGGCAGCAUGAUAAUGCUGAAGUUUUUCAGAUUCUACAGAGGAUUGAAUCAUAUAACCGUCUAUUUGGGGAACGAUCAGAGGGCUUUGUACAGAGAAUCCAAGAUCUACCGUUUCUUCUUAGGAGGUUGUUGCGAGAUAUCAUGGAUCCUCAAAGGUCUAUUCCAUUGGUCAUCAGGGCACGCGUCUAUUUGGCAGCAUUUCUGAGUGCUAUAUAUGUUCUCAGUCCUGUGGAUAUUAUACCAGAAGCGGUAAUGGGUGUAAUUGGUCUGCUGGAUGAUUUCCUCAUAGUGUUCAUGUGCUUCAUGCAUGUCGCUGCCCUUUACCGGUCUGUGCUGCUCAAUCGGCAUGGGGGCUCUUCUUGAUUAAUGCUCUAGGUUUAGCACCAACAAAGUAGAUUCUUAAAGGAUGCAUACUUCUACCAAAGAUUAAUUCAUUGUUCUUUCCUGUAAUCCUCAAACCACGAUAUUUUGUUGGUUCAGUGAAUUUUUUACACAGCGUCAAUUUGAUGAGCGCAGCAGGCAUUUUAUGAGACUAAAGUGGCUAACAUGAUGUUGACGUUAUGAACUAUCGAUGAUUCGUCACUGAAAUUUAACAGGACAAAGAAUCAACAACAUAUAAG